AUGGCCGGACAACGUGGACCCGUACCGGUGUACGCUGGGCGCGACCUCACUCAGGAAGUGCUGGACCUCCUCGACACCAAGCAAAGCGUAGCGACCGAGAGCGACCUCCCCGAUGUUGCACAAGCCGAAAUCAAGGCCGCCCUGGACAGACUGGCCUCGAGAAACAUGGUCGUCUACGAGACCAACGACCAGGAACAAGUCAUUCUCACCAACGAGGGCGAACAGAUUGCCAACGAGGGCAGCCACGAGUUCAAGGUGUGGGAGGCUGUCAAGAGAAGAGGUCAGAUCACCAUAAAGGAGCUCCAGGUUGGCGCAGACUCGGCCAAGGUCGGACAAGGCAACGCCUUCAAGCUCAAGUGGAUCAAAAAGGACGGCGACGUCCUCGUGUCGCUGGUCGACUCUCCCAAGGACACAACCCGCGACACCCUCGCUGCCAUCCAGAGCACCAAAUCCCUCUCAGACAACAAGCUGCUCGCCGACCUCAAGAAGCGCAAGUUGGUCACCGUCACAAAAGUCAUCAGCUACAAGGUUACCAAGGGCGACAAGUACGCAAAGCAAAUGCCCGUCGAGCACACCGAUCUCACGCCCGAGAUGCUCGAGUCUGGCGAGUGGAAGACUGCAAACUUCAAGCCCUACAACUUUGCUGCCAAGGGUGCUCAGCAGCAGGCUGGUGCUCUGCACCCGCUCAUGAAGGUCCGCGAGGAGUUCCGCAAGAUCUUCUUCCACCAGGGCUUCAUUGAGAUGCCCACUGGCAGAUUCGUCGACACUGGCUUCUGGAACUUCGACGCCCUCUUCGUGCCCCAGCAACACCCCGCCCGCGAUCUCCAAGACACCUUCUACGUCUCCGACCCCGUGUCCGCCGACUUCCCGCGCGCCGACCCCAUCGCAGACGCCGCCAUGGAAGCCAUGGAAAAGGACGCCAAACUCUACGACCCCCGUCUCGCUUCUUCCUCGUCCCCCAAACUCGACUACCAGCAAUACUACGACAACGUCCGCAAAGUACACCAAGACGGCGCUUUCGGCUCGAUCGGCUACCGCUACCCUUACAACGACUCGGAGACCACGAAACUCGUCUUGCGCACCCACACCACCGCCGUCUCCACAUACGUCCUGCACCGCCUGGCAGCCAACCCCCGCCCUUGCCGCUACUUCUCCAUCGACCGCGUCUUCAGAAACGAAACCGUCGACGCCACCCACCUGGCGGAAUUCCACCAGGUCGAAGGCGUCAUCGCCGACUACGACCUCACUCUCGGCGGCCUCAUGGCCUUCCUCGAGGGCUUCUUUGCCAAACUCGGCAUUUCGAAUCUUCGCUUCAAGCCCGCGUACAACCCUUACACCGAGCCCUCGAUGGAAGUCUUUGGUUACCACCAAGGAUUGGGUAAAUGGGUGGAGAUUGGCAACUCGGGAAUGUUCAGGCCGGAAAUGUUGGAGGCCAUGGGUCUGCCCAAGGAUUUGAGGGUUUAUGGCUUUGGAUUGAGUUUGGAGAGGCCGACGAUGAUCAAGUACAAGGUGUCGAAUAUCAGGGAUCUGCUGGGUCACAAGGUUGAUUUGAACUUUAUCGAGAGCAAUGCUGCUGUUAGACUCGAUAAGGAUUAG